CUAGCGCGAUGGAAAGACUUGGCGGGAGUCGUCACGCCCAAUCUCGUCGUUCUAGGGAAUCUGAGACGAUUCGCCAAGACGAGGAGGAAGCAGAAAGCCAGCCCAGGGCGUCGGCAUAUACCAGGCUCUCAUAUGAUGAGGAUGAUCUGGACAAGAUAGGAAGCGUAGCAAGAAAGCUACGUGCCCUGGAAGAAAAGGUGGACGAGAAGGCGGGAGCAAAGAAGCACACCCUGGCCAAAUCACCCUUUUCGGCCAGGGUACAUGCACAAAAAUUGAGGCGUAAGGUCAAGCUGGAAGUGGAAAAAUUCACUGGAAAGGAGGAUCCAAACGUCCACCUUGACACCUUCCACAAUGCAGCACAGAUGGCCGGGUGCACUGAUGCUGAGGAAUGCCUGCUCUUCUUCUCAUCCUUGAGAGGGAGAAGUGGUUACGCGACGGGUAAUAAGAAGGACCCGAAAGCGAACACCUGGACCCGUCAUCAAGGAAAAGACCUGGGAAGGAGAAAAUCCGGGAAGGAUAACAACAAUCCGGAUAAAGAAUUCAUACAGAUGAUUGUCGGCGGCCUAGAAGGCGGGGACACUGCCUCCCAGCGGAAGAACUGGGCCAAGAGUUUGCACGUGGCGGUGGUUUCCCUGGAGUCACAUGGGAAGCAGGCAAGGAGGGAACCUAUCACUUUCACUGAUAGGGAUCUGCCCAGGACGGGGGGAGAUCAUAAUGACCCUUUGGUUAUUACAAUGGAUAUCAAUGGAGCAGAUGUGGCCAGGGUCCUGGUUGACACAGGAAGCAGUGUCAAUGUUCUAUACUUGGAUGCUUUCAAGAAAUUGAAGCUGGACAGGUCCAUGUUGAGACCGUUGCAAACUCCAUUGUCAGGCUUCACUGGAGCUAGCAUAGAAGCGGAAGGUCAGAUCACCUUACCAGUUACCUUGGGGUCGGGGUUCACCAAAUACUUGGAGGACUUCGGGAUUACUCACAACAAGGCUUCCGUGGCCUACCCGCAAGGGAAUGGUCAGGUGGAGAAUGCGAACCGCACAAUAGUCGAUGGGAUUAAAAAGCGGUUGGGUGAGGCAGGAACAAAUUGGCUAGAGGAGUUGCCACAUAUCAUCUGGGCUUACCGAGUCACUUCGAGAAGGGCCACCGGGGAGACACCUUUCGUCCUUACUUAUGGAUGUGAGGCCAGACUACCCAUUGAAGCAAAAAUAAUGACCUUCCGGGAAAAGAUCUAUGUGGAGAAAGGGAAUGAGGAAGACCAUUUGGCAGAGUUGAACUUAUUGGAGGAAAGGCGGAUGGUUGCUGAGGCUAAAAUGAUAGAGUACUAGCAAGCAGCCAAGGCCUACCAUGAUAACAAGGUAGGGCCUCGUUAUUUCCAAGUCGGUGAUGAGGUCCUGAGACGAAGGGAGGCCAUCAAACCGGGUGAUGGUGGAAAGCUUGCGAAGAAAUGGGAAGGUCCAUA